GCACGGAAAUAGAACAUCAACAUGACUCGUUCCAAAUAUAAAAAUGAACAAAUGAAAGGACAUAAUAAAAUGAGAUGCCUAUUUAAGUUGUGUUGGUUGUGUCACGGUUGUGUUGUGCCCACCCGACUUGCAGCUCUGCUUCAGUCUCUUCCCUUAAAUAUGGAUAGAAACCAAAGUUUUGCUUUUUCAGUUGUUUCACUUUUGAGUACAUAUUUCAUGUUACUAUGUUCCUGUGGCCAUUCAUCAUUUGGUUGCAUGGAACAAGAGAGGAAAGCUCUUCUUGAAAUCAAAGGAAGCUUUAAUGAUCCAUUAUUUAGACUUUCCUCUUGGAAAGGAAAUGACUGUUGUAAAUGGAAAGGUAUAAGUUGCAGCAACAUCACAGGACAUGUUGUAAAAAUUGACCUUAGGAAUCCAUGUUACCCACAAAAAGGAGAACAAUUUGAUUCAAACUGUCCCUACUCAAAAUCUAAGCUUGAAGCUCAGUAUAUCCAUCCUGCUCAUUCACAGUUCAAGUAUCUUAGUUAUUUGGACCUUAGUGGAAACAAUUUCAAUUCAAGUCCAAUACCAAAGUUUAUCCAUUCUAUGAAUCAGUUACAAUUUCUUUCUCUCUAUGACUCCCAUUUGAGUGGUAAGAUCCCAAAUAACCUUGGAAACCUCACAAAAUUGUCCUUUCUUGAUCUCAGUUUCAAUACUUAUUUACACUCUGAUGAUGUCAGUUGGGUUUCAAAACUUUCAUUGCUCCAAAACCUUUACCUGAGUGAUGUUUUUCUUGGGAGGGCACAAAAUUUGUUCUUCGUACUUAACAUGAUUCCUUCUUUGUUAGAAUUAGACUUGAUGAACUGCAGCAUAACCAAGAUGCACAGUAGUGAUCAUAAACUAGUUAGUUACACAAACUUUUCUAGUAUUAAGACACUCAAUCUUGCAGAUAAUGGACUUGAUGGUCCAGAUCUGAAUGUUUUUAGAAACAUGACUUCCGUUAAAGUUAUUGUCCUUUCUAACAAUAGUCUUAGUUCAGUUCCAUUUUGGUUGAGUAAUUGUGCCAAACUUCAACAUCUUUAUCUUCGAAGAAAUGCUCUUAAUGGCUCACUUCCAUUAGCUCUUCGAAAUUUGACUUCUUUGGAAUUGCUUAACCUUUCUCAAAACAAAAUUGAAUCUGUUCCACAGUGGUUAGGAGGGUUAAAGAGCCUUUUGUAUCUCAAUCUGUCAUGGAAUCAUGUAAACCAUAUUGAGGGUUCUUUACCAAUUGUUUUAGGAAAUAUGUGUCAUCUUCUGUCAAUAGAUUUGUCUGGAAACGGACUUCAAGGAGACGCACUUGUUGGCAACUUAAAUUCUACGAGAUGCAAUGGAUUUGAUUUGCUGGAACUGGAUUUGACCAACAACAAAUUCAAUGAUCAGCUGCCAACAUGGUUGGGGCAGCUUGAAAAUCUGGUAAUCCUUAAAAUUCAUUCAAGUUUUUUCCAUGGGCCUAUUCCAAAUUUUUUGGGAAAAUUGUCAAACUUGAAAUAUUUAAUCCUUGCUAACAAUCACUUGAAUGGAACUAUUCCAAACUCCCUAGGAAAACUGGGAAAUCUAAUCCAGUUGGACCUAUCAAAUAACCACUUGUUUGGGGGUCUUCCUUGUAGUAUGACCGAACUUGUCAAUCUAAAUUAUUUGGUUCUGAACAACAAUAAUUUGACAGGUUCUCUUCCUGAUUGUAUUGGACAAUUUGUCAAUCUAAAAACCUUCAUUAUUUCUUCUAAUAAUUUUGAUGGUGUUAUUCCUAGGAGUAUUGGGAAACUAGUUAUUCUAAAAACCCUUGAUGUCUCAGAGAACUUUCUGAAUGGUACAAUCCCACAAAAUGUUGGUCAACUUUCAAAUUUACAUACCCUUUAUAUUUGUAAAAACAAUUUGCAAGGGAAAUUUCCUCAUAGUUUCGGUCAACUUCUGAACCUUCGCAAUUUAGACUUGUCUCUAAACAAUUUGGAAGGCACGUUUUCUGAAAUAAAAUUUCCCAGGUCACUAGUCUAUGUGAACCUCACCAAUAACCAUAUCACUGGGUCACUUCCCCAAAAUAUUGCUCAUAGAUUUCCCAAUCUUACUCAUUUGCUUCUUGGAAACAACCUCAUAAAUGAUUCAAUUCCAACUUCAGUGUGCAAAAUAAACUCUUUGUAUCAUCUUGACCUUUCAGGAAACAAAUUAGUUGGCAACAUUCCUGAUUGUUGGAAUUCAACUCAAAGAUUGAAUGAGAUAAACUUAUCAUCUAACAAAUUAUCUGGAGUUAUUCCGAGCUCAUUUGGUCACCUUUCCACUUUGGUAUGGUUGCAUUUGAAUAAUAACAGUAUUCAUGGGGAGUUUCCAUCAUUCUUGUGGAAUUUAAAGCAUCUGUUAAUAUUAGAUAUUGGAGAGAAUCAAAUGUCAGGGACUAUACCUUCGUGGAUAGGUGACAUUUUCUCCUUGGUGCAAAUUCUCAGGUUAAGACAAAACAAGUUCCAAGGUAACAUUCCAACACAUCUUUGCAAACUUUCAGCUUUGCAAAUCUUGGACCUGUCUAACAACAUGUUGAUGGGGUCAAUCCCUCCCUGCAUUGGGAAUCUAACAGCAAUGAUUCAAGGAAGUAAACCAUCCGUUUACUUAGCUCCUGGUGAGCCGAAGUAUAUUGAAUGGUAUGAACAAGAUGUCAGCCAGGUCAUUAAAGGAAGAGAAGAUCACUAUACAAGAAAUCUGAAAUUUGUGGCCAAUUUGGAUUUAUCAAACAACAAUUUGAGUGGACCUAUUCCGAAAGAAAUAACUCUUCUUACUGCUUUACGAGGCCUAAAUCUGUCACAUAAUCAUCUGUCAGGGGAAAUUCCUACAACCAUAGGGGACAUGAAGUCACUUGAAUCUUUGGAUUUCUCUCAUGAUCAACUUUCAAGCUCAAUUCCAAACACCAUGUCUAGUUUAACUUUUCUAACUCACCUAGACUUGUCCUACAACAAUCUUUCAGGACCAGUUCCACAAGGAAACCAAUUUUUUACACUUAAUAUUUAUCCAUCAAUAUAUGCUGGAAACAAGUUUCUUUGUGGUGCACCAUUGCCGAAUCAUUGUGAUGCUGAUGAUAGAGAUGAAAGUGGAGAUGAUGAUGAUGAUGGUAAACAAAAUAGGAGUGAGAAGUUGUGGUUUUACUUUGUUGUAGCACUUGGAUUUGCCAGUGGCUUUUGGCUUGUUGUUGGAGUGUUGUUGCUGAAGAAGAGUUGGAGGCAUGCUUACUUUAAAUUCAUUGGUUUUAAAGAAAAUGUAACAAAAUAGGUUAAAGAAAAUAUGUACGGGAAGCCCUGUUGAUUUGUGAAACAUGAUUGUCUUUAUCUUGGUUUUUGGAUUGCUCCUGUGAAUAUUUCAACUGAAAAUGUAUGUAUAUGGUGUAUUUUUAUUGUGUAAUAGUUACUUUACUUCUAUGUGAAAUGUAGUUUUAAAA